UUUCACGGGUAGAAUCUGCUAACAUCGGGAAGAGCCGAAAAGAGGGUCGAAAAGUGGAUGUUUUGGUGCGGGACAAGUUGUCUUACAGCCAGAAAUGUGUUCAGUUUAAAACGUGUCCGUAAUAUCGUGGAGCUACACGGGGAUUGGACAAUGGGAAAGCAAUAAAAUGGAAUGUCUGCUGGCAUAGUUUACGGCCUGCAGACUGGUGUUUGUGGAGUUUGACCAGGAGAAGAGAAUCAACCAUGGACGUGGACAAGUUUCCUCCCCCACCUCCAGAAAUGCUGGCAGACAAUGUCCCCUUUGAUGAUGAAGAUGAAGGAGAAGCUUUUGACUUUGACAGUGGCGAUGACAUCCCUGAGGCACCUCCAGCACCUACAGUCCUCCCCAGUGAGGAUCAGAGCCAAGAUAAUUCUCUGACCAGUCAACCUGAGGGCUCUCACAGCAUUCUGGACCCUCCAGCACCAUUCUCCAACUCGGCACCAUCAUCAGUAGACGCUGCAGUAGCCAGAAGCAAACCCUCCUCAGCAGUCAGAGAAACGACAGAAGCUGAAGAGACAUCUGCUGAGGGAACUAAUGACAGGGAAGAAGAUUUGCCACCACCUCCGUCUCCACCCCCUCCUGUUAGUUAUGGCUUACAGACAGAUGCCAGGAGUGCAGACACUGAAGGGGAAUGUGCAUCCCUGAAUGACCCUCACCCUCCACACGCUUUGCCCCCCAGGACUUCCUCUCAGAGUAAAGUCAACCCUUACUCUGUGAUUCAUAUCACUCCUGUCCAGCUACAGCAGGUAGAGCAGCAACAUGGACCCUCCUCUUCCACUUCCUCACCAACUGAGUCAAAAGUACGAGAGGAAGAGGGCCAGGAUAUCCACACCAGCUCAUCCGGAAUUACUUCAGGAUACUCUGUGCCUGUGCCGUGUGGCUAUGCAACCCCUUCUGGUGUACCGCUCAUCACACCUGCAUACACCACACCUGUCAUCAUUCGACAUCUCUCCAUGGAUGAAGAUGUGACAGUGGUAGGGACCAGCAACACCUCUGCUGACAGUGUUUUCAGUGAAGAGUAUCCACCUAUUGCAGAGGUAGAUGCAUUGGCUAAAUGGGCAUCAGAUCCUGCCAACACUGCUUGGAUGGAAAGCCCCGAUGAGGUGAUCUACGAUGAUGUCCCCAGAGAGAACUCGGAUUCUAACACAGAUCCAGAUGAGAUGAUCUAUGAUGACGUGGAGCUCGGUGAGGAGGGCGGCUGCAGCAGUUCCCUCGAUAAUGGCUGGAGCUCGAGUGAGUUUGAAAGCUACGACGAGGCCAGCGAUGGGGAGGGUCGUCCUGAGAACGGCCUUCCCCAUGCCUUCAUGAGAGGAAAGCCACCGCAGAGGAAAAUCCAUCUCUCUCAAGAUCUGACACGUUUGAAAGAACACUAUGAAAAAAAGAUGAAAGAUCUAAUGGCAAGUACAGUGGGAACGGUAGAGCUGCAGCAGUUAAAACAGAAACACGAGCAGAAGAUGCAAAAGCUGGUGAAGGCAGCUAAGGAGGGGACGAAAGACGGACUUGAGAAAACUAAAGCUGCGGUGAAGAGGGGACGUUCUUUCAUCAAAACAAAGUCAUUUUGUCAAGAGAGAAAGUCAGCUUGCUUUGAGGAUGAGUCUGAGCUCUUCAUCGAGGUCGACUGCUUUAAUGUUGAGCCUGUGCUCUGUCCAACACCAGACGGUCUCACUCAGCAGCAGCUUGUGCGAAGAUGUAUAUUGGACUCUAUUUUAGAAAGUGAGAAGAACUAUCUUGAUGCUCUCAAAAGGAUUUUAGAGCAAUAUGAGAAACCCCUUUCCCAGAUUGAGCCAAGGCUGCUCAGUGACAGGAAGUUGAAGAUCAUCUUUUAUCGAGUACGGGAGAUCCUGCAGUGCCACUUCCUGUUCCAGAUCGCACUAGCAAGCCGUGUGUCCGAGUGGGACAGCCUGGAGAUGAUCGGGGAUGUUUUUGUGGCAUCCUUUUCUAAAUCCAUGGUGCUGGAUGCCUACAGCGAGUAUGUCAACAACUUUAGCACAGCGAUGGCAGUUGUAAGGAAGACCUGCGUCUCAAAACCUGGCUUCCUGGAAUUCCUGAAGCAUCGUCAAGAAACUAGCGGUGACCGCAUGACUCUUUACGGCCUGAUGAUGAAACCCAUUCAGAGAUUCCCACAGUUCAUCUUGCUUCUUCAGGACAUGCUAAAGAACACACCGGUGGGUCAUGCAGACCGUCUGCCCCUGCAGAUGGCCCUGACUGAGCUGGAGACCUUGGCUGAGAAGCUCAAUGAAAAAAAGAAGGAAGCUGACCAGCGAUGUGAAAUCCGUCACAUUGCAAAGGCCAUGAAUGAACGCUACCUUAAUAAGCUUCUAAGUAAUGGUAGCCGCUACCUGAUUCGCUCAGACGACAUGGUGGAGACAGUUUACAAUGAGCGUGGUGAAAUCAUGAAAACCAAAGAGCGAUGUCUCUUCCUGCUGAAUGAUGUGCUCAUGUGUGCCACGCCCAAUAUCCGAUGCCAGGAUGGCAGUGGAAGUGGCAGUGGAAAUGCUCCACUUGACCAGAGGUUUCUUCUGAAGUGGAGUGUACCAUUGAGCUUUGUGGAGGUGCUGGAGUUUGGAUCCAGUGAGGAAAUGGUCGAUAACAGCCGAUAUCCAGCUCCUCACGCUGGGGAGAAGGUGGUGAUCAACGCUAAGCCAAACAAACUUUAUAUGGGCCCCGGGCAGCUGUACCAAGACCUGCAGAACCUAAUCCACGAUCUCAGUUUGGUCAACCAGAUCGCUGGCAUGAUUGGCAGCCUCAAAGGGAACUACCAGAAUGUAAAUUCCACUGUGGCGCAGGACUGGGUUUCAGGUCUCCAGAGGCUAAUAUUGAAGAAGGAAGAAGAGAUCAGGGCAGCUGACCGGUGCAGGAUUCAACUCCAGCUGCCUGGCAAACAUGACAAGGCGGGUAAGCUCACAUACUUCAGUGCGGUAUUUAAUACACUCAGCCCAGCCAUCAAGCAGUCAUGGAUCAGUAAUCUGCAGAUGGCAAAGUUGGCUCUAGAGGAGGACAACCUGCAGGGCUGGUUCUUUGCAGAUGAUGAUGGUAAUCAAAUCAAGAAGCAGAAACACCCCCUUUUGCUUCGACAGAUGCCUGUGGUAAUGUCUAAACUGCAAGAGUUCAAGGUGGAAUGUGCUGUUCACAACCCAGAGCCCUACAUAAACACAGAAAGCACAGCCGACUCUCCUGUUGUUGGCCACGGAUGUGUCUGGGUUGCGAGUUGCACCAAUCAGAUGGGCCAAAUAGCUAUAGUGGCUAUGCAGAACUCCAGCCCCAAAGUGACCGAGUGUUUCAAUGUGGAGUCUCGAAUCCUAUGCAUGGCCUACGUCCCAGCAGAGCAACUUAGGGAGGAUGGGGAAAAGCUCCCUGAGAGCAGUGAUGUUUCCCCUGCAAAGGCCUGUGAUACCCCCACCGUUUGUUUAGGCAUGGAGGAGGGAAGCAUCAUUGUGUAUAAGAGCAGCCAGCGGUCCAAGAAAAUACGUCUGCAGCAUUUCUUCACCCCAGACAAGUCCACAGUCACCAGCUUGGUCUAUAAAAAGGCCUGUCUGUACGCCGGCCUGGUUAGUGGCUCCAUCGCAAUUUACUCCAAAUCACAAGAUGGUUCUUGGAGCUUUGAGAAGCCCAAGUUAUUGAAGCUAGGAGUCCUUCCAGUUAAGGCCAUGCUGGCUGUGGAAGAUCAACUCUGGGCCUCUUCAGGUGGACAAGUUCUUAUCAUCAGCACUCACACACACUGUGUGGAGAGGCAGCUGGAGGCCCACCAGGAAGAGGGCAUGGUGGUGUCUCACAUGGUGGUGGCCGGGGUGGGCAUCUGGAUCGCGUUCAGCUCCGGUUCAACCCUGCGCCUCUUCCACACUGAAACCUUGGAGCACCUGCAGGACAUAAACAUCGCCACAACCGUCAACAAUAUCCUGCCUGGAAACCAGAGAGUCUCUGUGAGCAGUCUGCUGGUUUGCCAUGGUUUGCUACUAGUAGGGACUAACUUGGGAGUGACUGUGGCUCUUUCUGUCCCUAGACUACAAGGGAUCCCUAAAGUAACAGGUCGAGGAAUGGUGUCAUUACAUGCACACAACGGGCCAGUCAAGUUCCUCACCGUGGCUACAGCAGUGCGUAACUGGUCGUCCAGCCUGCCAUCUUCCACCACUUCCUCCUCACUCCAGCAGAUAGAGUCUGUGGAUUCAGAGAGUGCCCAGCUUGUGUCAGCUACAGCCUCCAGUCCUCCUUUGGGACGUGGGGUGUGGCUGGGAGAGGCGGGCUGUACCACCAUGGCUCUUCAGGAGUCUCUGUCCUCCUCCUCCUGUGGUUCCCUAGCCCCCUCACAAGGUCCCUUGGAGCACGGCCCGGAGGACGGAGCCUUGUAUGACUUGCUUCAUGACCCCGCCCAUCACCAGAGGGGGCGCCGCUCAAGCAAGGUGGAUGUCAGCUCUCUACUAGUUGUGUCUGGAGGCCUGGGGCACCGCAGGGUCAACAAAAAGACCAAACAGUCUCGCCACGAGGAUAACACCUCCACCAUCUUGAUCUGGCAAAUUCCAUUAUUGAAUAUGUGACACCAACACCCCAGUGGUGUUAGUCUAAAUACCUGAAAAUUUAUAAAAUCCUCCUCAUACGUUCCUUUUAUGUUUUUGUUGUUCAUGUUAAACCAAAUUGUCUGCAUACAGUUGUCACAUGGUGGUCUGCUAACAUUUCAACAAGUAUUUUGUGUCAAUCAAAAUGACUAAAUGAUCUAUUUUAAACCAAAAUCUUUGCCUCCUGCUAUAUUACCAGGAUGUUCCAGCUACAACACCUACAAAUGGGUCUAAGAAUUUAUGGUGGCUUUCAGAAGUAUUUAUACCCUUGAAACCUUUACACAUGUUGCUACGUAACAACCACACACUUCAGUGUAUUUUAUUAGAAUACUUGGUGAUAGGCCAACACAAAGUAGCACACAGUUGGGAAGUGGAAAGAAAAUGAUACAGAUGCUUCAACAUAUAUUACUAAUGAAAUUCUGUGCAAUUACAGCUUCAACUCUUUGCAAAGAAGCUCAAAUAAUGUCAGUUUUAAUCAUUUUUAGUUUUGACACAGAAUAGCCUUUGAUUAGACCAUUCUAACACAUGAAUAUGUUUCAGUCUAAACCAUUUCACUGUAGCUGUGGCUGUAUGUUUAGGGUCAUUUUCCUGCUGGAAGGCGAUCCUCUGCUCCACUCCUAAGUGAUUUGCUGCCAGGUUUUCUUUGGGGAAUUCCUCAUGUUUAGCUGGUUCUCUGCCUGGCAAAUUUGGUGGAUGGGCACAUCUUCCUAGGUUUGCAAUUGUGCCAUAUUCUUUCCAUCCUUGGAUGAUGGAUUGAACGAUGCCAAUAAAAUAUGAUGAAGCUGGUGGCUGUAAUGAGACUAAAUUUGGAAAGAGUGCAAGGGGUUUAAAUACUUCUGUGAGAAACAUUACUGUAAAAAAAGAGAAAAUACCUUGAAAAACUGAAAGGUAUCUAAUUGUAUAUGCUGUUUAAUGUUAUUCUGUGAUGUGGCUAAGUCAUGUUAUUUGUCUUCGAUGUCUGUGCUAGACCGUAGUAUUUAAAUCAGUGUUGAAAAGGAAACGGUUAAGUAAUGACUGUGGUGCUUGGAGGACAUGAAGGAUAAGAAUGGUUUAGAUCAUCCAUCAGGAUCAGAGUUAUAAAUCUAAAAUGUAUUAAGUCAAGAUAAGGUGUGCAUGGGUUGAGAGGUCAGAGAAAGCUUUGACUUUUCUAGAAAUGGAGAAAAGGGAUUUAAACAAAGAAGCAAAGUUCUGAUGGCUUAAUUAUUUUGAGAAGGCGUCUGUGCAUCCCUGGCGGGCCAGGUUUCUGUUCACAAAGGGAGGAAGACAUGUUAUCACCGAGAAGUUCUUUUUUUUUUUUUUUGCAUUAUUGCAUGUUUGUUUCCCAUAUAUUUUAAAAAAAACGAUAAAAAGACUUUCAUCACACAUGUAUGUACCUAUGUAUAUUAACAAUUCUAUAAACAAUGUUUUAUUAAGCAUA